UUGGGUGGAAAGAGACAGCAUUUUCUAGUGUUUGAGUGCAGUUCGCAGCUAUGUGCUUUACACGAUGAAGCUCAUAUUGCUGGUACGAGUCAGGACGGCUUACAGAUGCGGAAAGAUUUGUACGCCUGCAGCAGAGCAUGCGUAAGAGCUUGUGAAGCUGCAAAAAAUGCAAUGGUUCCUCAUCUUCGACAAGAAGCGUCGUAUUUCAUUUGCUGUGCGAGUGAAGUGGUGAAGGAGAUGAGACGUUGUGAAGCGUUAGAAAACAGUUUUCCUUUGGGAGAACGUUCAAUUGACCCGGAACAAAUAAAGCAAAUCGAGGAGAUGUUGGAUACACUAGAGAAUCUAAUCACUGUUCAUUUCAAUACGAGUGGCUCGUCACCGGCGGAACGUGUUGCGCCGAGACCCAGACGACUAGCCAAUUGCCGGAUAUCGUGUGCUUGCACUAAGCUGAAGACUAGUUAUGCUUAG